CUGCCCCGGCAGGCAGCGAGGCUGGGCGGGCCGCGGCAUUCCGCGCCCUUCCGGCCGGGCCUACCAUGCAGGGCCUUGCCGGGAAUGCGAGUCGCGGGCUGCCAGGCGGGCCGCCCUCCACGGUCGCGUCCGGGGCGGGCCGCUGUGAGAGCGGCGCGCUCAUGCACAGUUUCGGCAUCUUCCUGCAGGGGCUGCUCGGCGUCGUGGCCUUCAGCACAUUGAUGCUCAAACGCUUCAGAGAACCAAAGCAUGAAAGACGUCCAUGGAGGAUAUGGUUUUUAGACACUUCCAAACAAGCCAUAGGAAUGCUGUUUAUCCACUUUGCUAAUGUAUACUUAGCAGAUCUCACCGAAGAGGACCCUUGUUCUCUGUACCUUAUCAACUUUCUUCUGGAUGCCACCGUGGGUAUGCUGCUCAUCUAUGUGGGCGUGAGGGCCGUAAGUGUCCUGGUGGAAUGGCAGCAGUGGGAGUCCCUGCGUUUUGGAGAAUAUGGAGACCCUCUGCAGUGUGGAGCCUGGGUCGGGCAGUGCACCCUCUACAUCAUCAUCAUGAUUUUUGAAAAAUCUGUCGUCUUCAUUGUCCUCCUGAUACUUCAGUGGAAAAAGGUGGCCCUACUGAAUCCCAUUGAAAACCCAGACCUGAAACUGGCCAUCGUCAUGCUGAUCGUCCCCUUCUUUGUCAAUGCUUUGAUGUUUUGGGUAGUGGACAAUUUCCUCAUGAGAAAGGGGAAGACGAAAGCUAAACUAGAAGAAAGGGGAGCCAACCAAGACUCGAGGAAUGGGAGCAAGGUCCGCUACCGAAGGGCCGCGUCCCAUGAGGAGUCUGAGUCUGAGAUCCUGAUCUCGGCUGAUGACGAGAUGGAGGAGUCUGAUGUGGACGAGGACCUCCGCAGACUGACACCCCUAAAGCCUGUGAAGAAAAAGAAGCACCGCUUUGGACUGCCUGUAUGACACAUUCCCAUGCUGGGAGUGACAGGGUUGGGGCCCAGCCAGCUGCUGGGCCAACAGAUGGUCAUUCCGCAGCAUCUUCCUCCCUUCUCUCUCUGCCCCCUCCUCUUCUACCUCCACUCCUCUUGCUGUCUCUGCCCACUCUCCCCGCUCCCAGACUACUGUGACUUAACAAGAGGGACGACGAACCAGCAUCCGAGGGGGCCGUGGGCAGUCAGAGGUCCCCAGUUCAGUUGCACUACAAACACUGACCAAAUAUGCAAGCGAGGAGUUAUGUUUGUGUGUUGUUGUCCUGAACCAUGUUGUAAGGGACCCAGAGCCCCUGUUCUGUGUCUGACCUGGUGGCGUUGUGGAAGAACACAUGUGUGCAUACGGACGGUGGGCGUGUCCUUCACUACAGCCACGGGGAGUAUGAGAACGAGACUCGUUUGGGGAUAAGAGUCACUCGUUGACCAAGUUGGAACCGGUGUGCUUUCUUACUCGAGAUGGCUUUUGUAACCACUGAUUUCUAAUGCCGGUUUUAUGAGCUGUCACAGUGUUAAUGUUUUUUGAGUAUGUGUUUAUUUCCUACAGAGUACCUAUGGGACUAAUGGGCAAAGCAUAAAUUUUUAAGUCUUCCGUA